AUGGCUACCAUCGAGGAAUAUGACGUUGGCUACACCGACGACAAAAACAUCCACUAUCUCGCUUAUGGUCCAGUGAAUGGACCCCUCCUCAUAUUCGUUCACGGCUGGCCGGCGAUUGCACGAGCAUGGGAACCCCAGCUGAAGGUGUUUAGCGCGCUAGGAUUUCGGGCCGUCGCGCCGGAUAUGCCCGGUUAUGGCAAAUCGACAGCACGCAAAGUAAUCGAUGACUACUCCCAGCAGAGCAUCCUCGAAGGCCUGCUGGCACUCCUCGCGCACACCGGUCGGAAGGAGGCCGUCUGGAUCGGCCAUGACUGGGGUUCUCCGUGCGUAUCAACCGUUGCAGCCCAGCAUCCUGAAGUUGUCAAGGCGCUGGUAAACGUCUGUGUUCCAUACCGCACGCUCGACUUGGGACUGAAAAACAUUUUGCCUCUUAUCAAUCGCCAAGUCUAUCCUGAGGACCAAUAUCCCUAUGGACAGUGGGACUACAUGGCCCACUACGAAGAAAAUUUCGAAAAGUCUGUCGAAUGGUUCGAGAAGGAUAUUGAGGGAAUCAACAAGGCUUUGUGGCAGAAGGGCAAGCCGAUUCACCCCCAGAAGCCCACAUUUAGCGCUACAAUCAGAAAGGAUGGAGGCUGGUUCGGCGGCAUCCCAAAACCUCCAGCUCCAGACCAGAUUCCGGCUCCUCUCCUCGAUGGAGAGGUUUUUGAUGAGUUCACCGAGGCGAUGCGAAAGACGGGAUACUGGCCGGGGUCGGCGUACUACUUGAACCACGAGCGUAACUACGAAUUCAACUCAAAGGCACCAAACGGCGGCAAAUUCGAGAAGCCUGCCUUGCUUAUCCACGCGACCUUCGACUACGUGUGCGAGACCAAGACCACUCGGUUUGCCGAGCCGAUGCGCCAGGCUUGUAGCAACCUCACCGAAGUUACUGUGCAAGCUGGACAUUGGGUGAACAUGGAGAAGCCGGCUGAGACCAACGCAGCUCUUUCAAGGUUCAUCAUUGAGGAGAUUCCUGAUUAUUGGCCAGGCUUCUGGGAGAGCGGUUACGUGAAGCAUGAGAAAUCGGUGCUCUGA